UUACACCUUUCAGUGGGAAUCCUCGGUUCAAAAAGCUGCCAACGUCCCCUCGUGAGAUAGUGUGGGUCUGUUUCUGCUUUCACUGGGACUCGAAACGAUAAAGCCGGACCGAAUUAUGCUCUCCAUAAACGGGACACGGGUUUAUUUUUGUUGACUUAUAGGAAGUUUCUGAUUCUAACUGCGCUGAAGUUCGAGACAAACAAAAAAAAGAAAAGAAGAAGACACAAAACAGCAACAAGUCGUGCAGGUGGUAGACCACACGUUGACCGGGGAACCAGAUCACAUCCAGACCUUCCCGUCUCACCUGAGCCCAUAAAGAAAGAUUCAAAUGUCCGUGGAGAGUUAUUCGGCGCUGGAUGAGUCCUCUCUCCGAGCCUUGCUGGAUGGAACCGUUGAUCUGGACGAGAGGCGCCUCAUCCGUUCAGCCAUCCGGGAGUUAAGGAGAAGGGAGAUUGAGGACAUGGAGGCCGCUCUGGCCAGCAAGAGAUUCCGACCCACGCGCCUCAAACAACAGGAGGACAAGGAGAACCAGCACAGGUCAGAAUCCAGCAUCAACUUGGACGUCCUGUCACGAAAACUCCAAUCAAUCCAGGACAUUGAUGAGCUCACGAAAAUGCUCCGUGCUGCCAACGAGUAUGAGGAGAGGAAGAUGAUCAGAGCAGCCAUCAGACAAGUCCGAGAUGAACAGCAAGGGACUGUGGAGCGGGGUAAAGCUCAGGGUUUCUACCUGGAGCCUGAGAGUGUGGAGCCUCAGAGUAGCACGGGAACACGGGAGACCGAGCGGGAGAGUUACAGUGAGCGAGAGCGUAUCAGAUCUCCGAUCCAGGAGUUACACGGGCAACAGACGCAACAAAGCAGAGAGCUGCAGAGAAGAGGCUCAAACUCAGACAUGGUGUUGGUUCUGGAUCACCUGGUGAAGGACGAUGACCCUGGACCUCUGCUGAUCCAGCCUCAGAGAGAGGCUGCUAUAACAGAGCCUGACCUUGUCCUGUCUCAUCGUCAAAGGUCCGACUCCUCAGCUUCAGACCGCAGUGUGACUUCUGUGCUUUCAAGGCCCAAUCUGGAGUCUGUGUCCUCAGAGAAGAGUCUGGGCUCAGCCUACAGAGCUCGCCUGGACUCUGGAGCCUCAGACAGAAGCCAGAGUCCCUUACAGCGUGGUCGGCUAGACUCUGGGGCAUCAGAGCGGAGCAUCGGCUCUCUGUCUUACGUCAGACAAAGACUGGGCUCAGAUGUCUCAGACUCUGUCAGACCACGUUUGGGCUCCGGAGCUUCAGACAGCAUUGGUCUUUUGUCACGGAAACGGACUGACUCGGGUACAUCUGACCAGAGUGUCAGUGUGUUCUCUGAGGACAGAAGUCCAGCAGAGAAGGUGGAGGUUGCCUCGAGUGGUUCAACCUCCAGCACAGAUUCAGAAACCGAGAGUGUAAGCCAAGGUCCAGCCAGCCGCCAUGCUCUGUCCAAUCAGAACCGCAUCAUUGACCAGGAGGAACCUGAUGGGGCUGUUUUUUCCAGGAGAGAUCCUGCAAAUGGCCUACUCAACGGUAGCGCUAAGGGAAACAUCAACAUCCAGAAACAAAAAAUGACCGUUAACAGCGAUCUGCCUCUCACUCGAGGCAAAGAAAAGAAUUCGGCACCUGAGAAGAAAGAUGUUAUAUUGGAACAAUUCAACCGCACCAACUCUGUACGUGAUCGAAUGCGUAAGUUCACGGAGCCCAGCCAGAGCCCAAGCGUCCCAGCUUUGAAGAAAGCUCCUCUGAGGAACAGAACCACCACCGGCAAUAGCGACAUGACAAAUCUCUCCAGAGCCACUGAGCUGUUUACACACACAGCAGCAUCCCUCAGCACAUCUGGAGACAGGCCAGCAGAGCCAUGUGUGGACUCCACUUCCCGCACGCCUGCCGCAUCCCAUAGUCAGGCCAUACCUCAGCCAAGAGGUGUGGCUAACAAACCUCUGUCUUCAGCUAGCCAAUGGCAGAACUCCAUGGGUGGGACGAGGCAUCCAGCUGAAAAAGAUGUGCAAGCCUCCAGUAACUCAAAGGAAGACAGUAACCCAGGGAGAGCAGCUGGACAGCAGGUCACCCAAGGAGAGGCAGACCCGGACAUGAAGACUUUCCUCACCAUCGAGAUCAAGGAUGGACGCACCACCACCUCCUCUACGUCCUCCCCUCUGGGCAACAUCAUACCCAUCACCAACAUGACCCCACGCAUUACCUCUAAUGCUCUGGGACAGAGAGCAGAGUUGACCCUUGGCCUCAGAGCUACACCGUUCAAGAUGUCCUCUUCCAGCUUCUCCUCCGGAUCCUCCAUCAAGAUGGAGACCGAGCCCGUCAUGGCGUCUGAGCAGGUGUUUUCAGCUGGACCGUCUGCCCAGGUGGCGUGUCACGUCCCGGCCAUCCCCAACGGCUCCAGCGCUCCGGCCAAACUCGACGAGCGUUCCGGAAAACUGACUGAAGAACAGCUGGCUGCUAUCGAGGACGAAGAGCUCCUUGACAAAAUGCUUGAUGAGUCAAAAGACUUUGAGGAGAGGAAGAUGAUCCGUGCAGCCAUGAGAGACCUUCGCAAGAGAAAGAGAGAGGCCAAGCUGGGAUGUACUCAAGAGGAGAUAGGUAGGCUAGACCAGAGAGAAAAGGAGCGCGACACCCGUCUGCAGGAGCUCCGGCAGCAGAGAGAAGAGCGAACACAGAAAGGCCGUGCUGGUCUCGGAGCAGGAGAGGUGGUGAUGAGGAAGGUGGAGAAGUCAGCGGAUGGCUCCAAACUCAGUCAAGUCACCAAGACGGACCGCUUUGCUUCUUCUGAUGAUGGGAGCCGAUCAACACGCAGCACUCUCGUCGAGGCCAGUUAUGUGCAGAAAACAGACAGAGGGACAGUCCAGUCAAAAUCAUUCAGCUACAGUUCUUCCACAUCAUCAUCCUCCUCCUCCUCCAACACAAGCAAAAAAGUGGGCAGCGUGUUUGAUCGUGAGGAUGACACAUCGUCUCGCAGCGGCGGGUUAGCAGCAGUGGAGCGAAGGCAGGCGGAGAGGCGCAAGGAGCUGACGAGGGCUCAGACUCUGCCGAAGACCUCGGCCAUGCAGGCCCGCAAAGCCAUGAUAGAGAAGCUGGAGAAGGAAGGAGGAGGCCCUGGAAAUCAGGCUGUCGCCAAAGUAAACAAGGUCCAGGUCCAGCGUUCCACCAGCUUUGGCGUACCCAACGCAAACUCCAUCAAGCAGAUGCUGCUCGACUGGUGCCGUGCCAAGACCCGCUCCUAUGAGCAUGUGGAUAUUCAGAAUUUUUCAUCCAGCUGGAGUAAUGGCAUGGCAUUUUGUGCCCUGGUGCACAAUUUUUUCCCUGAAUCCUUUGACUACGCCUCCCUGAGCCCCAGCAACCGCAGGCAAAACUUUGAGGUGGCCUUCAGCACUGCAGAGAAACUAGUGGACUGUCCCCAGCUGUUGGAUGUGGACGACAUGGUGAAGAUGCGCGAGCCGGAUUGGAAGUGUGUGUAUACGUACCUGCAGGAGUUCUACAGAGGUCUGGUGACGAAGGGCCUGGUUAAAACCAAAAACUCAUCCUAGAGUCGCACCCCGCCUAAAACUGAACCCAUGGAGCUACGCCAACUGCAUGCCUUUGCUGGAAGUGGAGGACAUGAUGAUCAUGGGUAAUAAACCCGACUCCAAAUGCGUCUUCACCUACGUACAGUCUCUGGUCAACCACCUACGCAGAUACGAGAUGUCCAUGGGUCGGCCCUGUGACCUCUGACCUGUGCUCUGUGAGGGUUCAGCCUUGACGUGGCAUCACCCCUAAUCCUCCCCCCCCCCCCCUCCCCCCCGUCUCCUUCCCUCACCAGCUCCAUCUUCACCUGAUGACUCACCUCUGUAUCGACAGGCUGCAUCACAGAGUUGCUCAUCUCUGAUGUACAAGUUGGGGGGGGGGGGGGGUGUUCUGUGUCUGUGUGUGUCUGUGUGAGUGACACGGAGAUAGUUUGUCGGUUUUGCUUGUUUUUAUUCUCGGCAGCAGUGAUGUGUAUUCAUUUUUUCACGUAAAGUACACCUUUCUCCAGCUAGAGACCGCCAACGUUUUUAUAACACUACCUUUUAAAGCUUCAAAAUUUUACUUUUUUGUUCUCUGCAAUAUUUAACAUGCAGUAACUGUCAAAUUGCGAGUGUACUGAAAAACACAGCAAGAGAGAAAAGAGAAAUAUUUGUAUAGUAUUUCUUCUUUAAGUUAUUUAUACCUCCAUUUUUCUGCUACACUUUUUCGCUAGCAUUUCUGUUGGUAAUUCCACAGAACGAGAAAAAUACACCUAACCAUAUAUUGCAUUCAUUUCGGUACUUGUUUAACUUAUACCAAAUUCUUGAAGUAUUUCAAUUAAGUUAUUAGUACCGGUAUGUUCUUUCUUCAUUGGUAUAAGUAAUCUCACUUUUCUGAACUCUACAUUGCUACUGAGAAAAUGUUUCAGAUUAUUUGAACAUUGUACCUCUCUUCUAUCACUGUUUCAUCAUAAUAUAACAGCAGAAAUGCUUUGCAGUCAAACAAGUUUCUUAUUCAGGUAGAAAGAAAAAGGCAGUGGGUGGUAGUCUACAGCUGAAUUGUAUCAUUGCUUGAUGUUUAUUGCUUGACUGACCGCAUAUGCACAAAGGUGAGUACAGCAGUGCUUCCACCCCCAGCCAAACACACUCGCACACAACUCUUUUAGAGGGCUUCUUAUUUAUGCUUGAGUAGAUCUUUUUGAAAUACAUUUGUUGUUUUGUUAGUGUGCACAUUAAGCUUUCAAAAGCUUAAAGUGAGUCAAUAAGCUCAAGCUAUCACGAUGCAUUGGGGUCACUUUUUGAACAAGUUCAUGGGCUCGAUGAAAGCCGGCAUUCCGUUUAAACGUGAGGAAUCAUGACUGAACAUAACUGCCAAUUGUACAUUUUACAACAAGAAGCUAAGGAAAACAUUUUAAAAUGAAGAUUUUUAUUCCACUUGUAAAAUUAAGAUUUCUUUGAGAAGAUGUUGAAAAUCUGAUUGUUUCAGAGACGAUUUUGAUGAAACUUAUUUCUCAAAGCUCUAUUUUAGUAGAUUUAGAGAGAUAAUUUGACAAAUCUCACCGCUGCCCACUGACGUACCUGCCACGGAGCAGUGAGUUCUGUACAUAAGAGCUUAAAACACAAUUUCAUGUUUCUGUGCACAACAGUUAAAUGUGAAUUAAAAUUAAACCAAUAUGAGAAAUGA